CCUCCUGCCUCCAUCCCUCCAAAAUCCCCACCUGAGGUUAAAAGCAAAUCAAAAGACUUAUCCAACACUCUACUUGUUUUAGAAGAUGCAAAGGCUAGAGUUAGAAAUAUUAAGGAUUUUGAACUAAUCUCACAUUCUGGGAAAAAAUACAUCUUCCAUAAAAUUAGGACUCAUCGGGUCCACAGAAAACCCAAAGUCAAAAGGAGUCGAAAGUUCAGAAAGAAAAGUUCACCCAAUAGAAUGAUGCUUGCAAGCCCUCCGUUCUCUGUAGGGAGGAGUCUCAUAAAUUCCCCUCCGCGAGAGGCUGUUUCAUCUUCAGGAGAAGUGACUGCUCAGGAAAUUCCUUUUCCAGAAUUAUUUUCUCUUUCAGACCCUUCGAUAGAAAACGCUACUUCAGAAAACAAUACUGCACAAAAUGUUUCUGAAGAAAUUAUUUCUACAGGAAACUCUAGUCUGCCAGGAGGAACCAGCCCUGGAAACACUACCCAUAGGAACGUCUCCACUGCACAUUCUACUGUUGCUGCAGACAACAGUAUGCCAACUGUUCAACACACCAACGAAACACAAUGGGAGUAGCACAACACGGGCGCUGAAUUAUCCUCUAAGCCCACAGGCUUCACUUUCCUAGCGUUCACAUCCCCGGGUGAUCAAGUUGAAACUCAGCUAAAGCAGCAGCUGCGGUCCCUCAUCCCCAACAAGGACAUGCGAAGGCUCAUUUCUCAUGUUAUCCAGACUCUGAAAAUAGACUGCUCGGAGACCCACGUGCAGCUGGCCUGUGCCAACCUCAUCUCUAGAACAGGCCUCCUGAUGAAGCUUCUCAGCAAGCAGCAAGAAGUAAAGGUGUCCAAAGCGGAAUGGGAUACGGACCAGUGGAGAAGUGACAGCUCUGUCAGUGAGAGCACAGAAGCCCAGAGUGAGCAGAAAGAGCAGGAGUCAAGUGAGCUCACAAAAGAAGUUCCAGGAUGUGGCUGUAACAACAAACUCAUCUUGGCAAUAUCUGUAACUGUAGCAGUGACGAUUUUGGUUACAAUUCUCUGUCUCAUUGAGGAUCUUACCUAGCCGUAUGGCCUGCUGCCUCUGCCAAUUUAAAAAUACUAUUGAGGUUGUCUGUAAGACAGUCAAGCUGCGUUGUGACAGCGAAUGCCUGACAGACGUCACACGUUGUGGACCUCAAGUAUUAUUCCAUUGAUUUGUUGAACAUUCCACGUUGACAAACAAUCUGGCAACUCUCGUAACAUAUACCCUAGAUCCCUGCCCAAAUUUUAGCAAAGAGCCACGGCGGACAUAGUGUUUUUUUCUGUAUAGAGCCUUCUGUUAUGGCGGCUGGGAUAUAUGGAAGCAGGGACUGAGCAAAGGACUCGGUGGGUGGGUGGAGAAGAGAAUGUCCAGGUGACCACCUGUUAGCGGCGGUUGUUGUCGUGGACAUCUGUGAUAGUAGCGAGAACACAAGCACACUGAAGAGGUGGAGAGCGGAAGCCUCACACUCCUCUGCCUCUGAGGCAGGACAGGAUGGGGUAUGUGAAUGUGAGGAGUCACAGUAGAUCUGCAGAGAGUCCAGCUGAGUAGGGGAGUAUUUGUCUUCCAGCCUUGGCUUUUCUUGAGUACUGGCCCCUGGGAACCAGUGGAGUAAUCCUGAAUAUAGUUACUAUAUUUCACGCUACAGAAUUUUCUGAGUAGAUAGCCACUUUUUCAAGAGAUACCUUUUUCACAUUUUGUUGUUGCCAGUCAUAGGCUUCAGUGUGGGUUUCUUUUUCUCCGAAGUGGCACUCAAACGUUGACUGAUUCCUAAUUUAUUUGGCUGUGGCCUGACAAAAAGCUGUCCCAUCAGUCUUCAAUGAUCAAAAACAGUCUCCUCUUUUUUGAGAGAUGAAGAAACAUCUCUAGGGAAUGCAGAAGGAUCGUUGAUGAAGGUGUUACAAGCGUGGAAGAAGAACAACAGCCCCGAGCUGACUAUUGAGUCAGAGAGGGCAUCCUCAGAUAAAAGUGCUGUCAGCUUGUCAGGCUUCAUGAAUGAGCAGCUGGACUUUAAUAAUGACAGUGAUAUUAUCAGGGCACGAAAUUACAUACUGCCUUAUAUCUCAGAGGGAAAUCUAGGAGAUGUGGAAUCAACAUUAUUACCAUUCCUUCAGCUUCUUUUUUCAAGUACACAAGCUGGAGCUAUGCCGCUGGGCCUUUUGAAAAACAAUACAAGCAGCCCUUCUGUUAAACGUGUACGCAACAAUUCAACUAAUAAAAAUAGAUUGAGGAAACUCCAUUUUCUGGAAAAUUUGUUAGAUGCAGAAACUCAAGAAAAAAUGGAUGAGGUGAAAAAGGAAGAAAAACCUGCCACGCGUACGCGUUCCAACCUUUUAAGUGCCAUGUAUAAACGCUACAUCUUUCAAAAGAAGUUGGAAACUGCCCAACCACAGAAAGACAGCCUAGCGAAGACUAAGAGUACAGAGGAAAAGCUGCUGAGAGUGAACAGGGUCCUCAAGGGCCCGAGGGGCCUACAGAAAAUGCACCUCAAAGCAGUGGGAGAUGAGAGCGUCUGGGGGAAACAGAAUGCCCAGCCAUCUGUGGCGAGCACUGCCGAAGAAAGAAGGCUCAGGAGGCCAUCCCCAAGAAAGCUGAAUCAGCUACUCAUGGUGCAGAGGCCCAGGAAGCUGGUGGGAAAGUCCUCCAAUGCAGAGUCUUCAUUCAUAAAGGAAGACAAGGCAGCAGGUUCCUC